CCGCGUUUCGGGUUCCUACUCGCGUUCAGUCCACGCCGUUGUCGCACUUGUGUUUACACUUUCACCAACUAUCGAAAACCUUGGCUUUGUUUAUUGAGAUCACACUAUUCUGAAUGGCAACGGCGGAUGCGACGACGUCCUCUGCCGCUUCAAAGGCAGAGCAAGAUGCCCUCCGCGCGUCCACAUUCCAGAGGCUUCAUCCCAAGGUCUAUCUGGAGCGCUUUCUGGCAGAAAAGGUCCGACCUGACGGACGUGAACUUGAUGAGUGGCGAGAUGUCUCGUUGAAUGUAGGCUCGAUUUCCACUGCGGAUGGUUCUGCACUUGUUCGCCUAGGCGAUACGACCAUCGUUUGUGGAGUGAAGCUUGAGAUUGCGGAGCCUGAGCUGGAUAGUCCCGAAGAUGGUUUUCUUGUACCUAAUUUGGACCUCCCGGCUAUCUGUUCCCCAAAAUUCAAGCCUGGGCCUCCUACGGAGGAAGCACAGGUGCUCUCCAACAGGCUGAACGAUAUUUUGGUCGCCUCGGGAGUCAUUUCGACUAAAUCACUUUGCAUUGAGCCUGGAAAAGUAGUAUGGGUAUUAUAUGUCGAUGCAACUUGUAUCAACUAUGACGGAAACGCCUUCGAUGCGGCCCUGUUAGCUGUGGUGGCUGCUCUGAGAAACACCACCUUGCCAAAGGCGACCUACAAUCCAGAGACCGACCGCACUGUCUGUUCGCGAAAAGAACGGAUACCGCUAUCAGUCCACGGCCUGCCGGUAUCGAUGUCGUUCGGGCUCUUUGAUUCAACCCAUGUCCUUGCAGAUCCAACAUCUUUCGAAGAGCCCUUGUUAGACACUACCAUCUCCGUUACUGUAGAGGAGAAUGGCGGGCUGAUCUCGGUCACCCAGAUAGGCCUUGGUCUUAUUGGGAACCAGGACGUUCUAGCACGAUGUAUCGCUGCUGCGAAAGAACGUCGGUCGGUCAUAGGACGACAGGUCCUGAAUACAUAAUCCUUCGACUUCUUAACGGAUGCAAUGUUAGCGUGCGACUGUCAGGGUGUCCACGAAGUGCACAGCAGAAGAGCAGGCGACUGGUAGUCACCUGUUACCUUAUUCCCCUACCUGUCACUGUUUAAUAUGGAUGAGUGGAGGCUAUUAAUCUCAAUCCUGAAGGCCUCGUGUCUGGUGUCAUGUACUUAUGCUGCAUGCUUCUACUUCAUAUACCGAUGGCGUGGUUUCAUCCUGCA